GUAAGCAGUCAUUGUACAUACCUGGCAGCCUGCUUAUUGCAAACGUUCGUUUUUCGAAGUCAAAUAAUGCUCUUUACAUGAAUCUGCGUGAGCAUGCCCCUUUAAAACUCGCCGCUAGUGCCGCUCCGCUCUCCGCCUUUCUCCAACUCCAGUUCCGUGAUCUCACAUCUUUGGCUCUUCUCUUCGACUGUCUUCGAUAGCCAGCUGGUGUCGUCUCGUUGCUGGUCUAAUUCCGUUGGAAUUGUUGGCUCACUUUGAUUAAGACGUCUGUUAUUAUGUUAUAAUCGCUCCGCCAUGCAGUUAUUCCUCAGACUCCUCACCCUUUCCUUCCUCUUCCUCUGCAUCCUCCCAGCCUCGACGGAGCAUACAUCGAACUGGGCCGUUUUAGUAUCAACCUCGCGCUUCUGGUUCAAUUACCGCCACCUCGCCAAUGUUCUAUCGCUGUACCGCACCGUCAAGCGCCUCGGGAUUCCCGAUUCGCAAAUCAUCCUGAUGCUGCCUGAUGACAUGGCCUGCAACCCCCGAAACGCUUUUCCCGGAACCGUGUACAGUAACGCAGACCGUGCGGUGGAUCUCUAUGGAGACAACAUCGAGGUCGACUAUCGGGGCUAUGAGGUGACCGUCGAGAACUUCAUCCGUCUUUUGACAGACCGUCUGGACGAGGAUGUGCCGCACAGCAAGCGACUUGGGUCCGAUGCGGGGAGCAACGUUCUGGUAUAUAUGACGGGGCAUGGUGGGGAUCAAUUCUUGAAGUUUCAGGAUGCGGAAGAGAUUGGCGCAUGGGAUUUGGCGGACGCGUUCGGUCAGAUGUGGGAGAAGAAGCGCUACCAUGAAUUGCUGUUCAUGAUCGACACCUGCCAGGCGAAUACGAUGUACACCCACUUCUACUCGCCCAAUAUCGUCGCAACGGGAUCGAGUGAGCUUGACCAGUCUUCUUACUCUCACCAUGCGGAUAAUGAUGUUGGUGUUGCGGUGAUUGACCGCUGGACAUAUUACGUGCUCGAGUUCCUCGAAACCCAGGUGACCAGCGCCAACUCGAAGCUGACUCUGGGCGACUUGUUCGAUUCGUAUGAUGAGUCCAAGAUCCAUUCGCAGCCAGGUGUGCGGUGGGAUUUGUUUCCCGGCGGCGAGAAGGAAGGCCGUCUUCGAACUUUGGUGGAUUUCUUUGGAAAUGUUCAGAACGUGGAAGUGGAGAAUGCAAAUGCCACCGAUCCUGGCUCGCUUCAAGAAGAUCUGAUUGAGAUUACACGGCUGGUAGAGAAAUGGCGCAAACGAGACCAGGAGUACCUGACGACUCGCAGCGAUGCAUCCAACCAGAGCAGCAGCGGGACAUCCCAAUCUAACACAGAAUCGCAAACCUUAUCAUCUUACUUUUCGCAACGCAAGAAUGUCGGGCCUGCUAAGAUGGAUGGGGAGAAUUGCUGGCAGAAGCGGCUCGUGGGGGUCUCUGUGCUCGGCGCAUGCGCUGCCGCGUGGUUUGCCGGAUCGAUCUUGGGCAGGACCUGACCCGCCUUAUACACAUAAAACCAUCUCGAUCUAUGCAGUCUUCGACGGAAAUUGUCAUAUUACCUUAAUGGGAGUACUGUAAUGCGCGCAAGGUGUUUGGCGUUGAUGUCCGGGAUCAUUAUACCUUUUUGUACAGAUAACACUACAAUUCACGUACCAUUCAUCUAUUUCCUAGCAUAGCCUUAUACUAUUGAAGAAUUGAAUUAAAACAAUUCAUGCCAUGGAAAUUAUUGAACCAUGAAUGCAGCAAAGGGCGGG